CUCCCCUUAGUAUACACGCCUAUCCAUCCAGGUACUCCCUAGUAUACAGCCGAAAUCAACCAUGAGCUACAAGCUUCUCGUAUCUGGCGAGCGGGCCAACUUCACCACGCUCGCACUCGACGUGGACAAGAAGGAGCUGCGCCUUCUCGCCAAUUACCCAGCCCCCCACAAUGCUUCCUGGGUUGAGCCAUGCAAGUCGCAAGGGAGCACUGACCGUCUAAUCGGGCUUUCCGAAGGCGAGGAGGCUGGUCUGCUGUAUACAUUCGAAGUUGACCACGAACGCGAGGCGUGUCGGAUUACCAGCCAGCAGCCGACCCUGGGGGCUCCGGGUCACUUUAUUACACUGCGCGAUGGUUCUGCCUUUGCGCUCGCUACUUAUCUGGGAGGCUCCAUUGCAUUAUAUCCCAUCAAAAUCAACGAAAACACGCCAUUUCUGUCAGAAUCUCCACGAACAGAAGUCCUACCAGAUUUCCCCUACAAAUCCGUUGUACAUGGUCCCAACGAAGGACGCCAGCGCCAGUGCCACCCACACCAGAUCCUCGAAGACCAGCGGGGGAUGCUCUAUGCUCCGGACCUGGGAGCAGACCGAGUCUGGAUCUUGCACCGCAACAGAACAAACCUUGAAAUUUGUGGCUGGCUGCAGUGUCCACCGGGGACGGGGCCUCGACAUGCCGUGCUAAGCCCGGAUGAAACAAUUAUCUAUGUCAUCGGCGAGCUCUCGCAUACAGUAAUUGCCUUUGAUCUAUCGUCUACCCCCGCGGAAGGUAUCUCGCCCAUCGACGGCUUCGCACAGAACAUUAUACCUCCAAGCGUCAAUUCAAACCAUCAAUUCAUGAUGGAUUCCGCGGAGAUCUGUCUACAUCCGAGGAUACCAAACGUCCUCUACGUUAGCAACAGGUGGGAGAGACACAUUGCUCAGCGAGAGCCUCAUCUCCAAGACGUUCCCAAGGAACUGCCUCCGGGAGACAGUGUUGCUGUCAUCCUACUUUCAGAAAACGGCAGGAAAGUAGAGACUGUUAACCACGUGAGGACUAAUGUCGAUGUUAUCCGGGGUAUGCGGCUUAGUGAUGAUGGGAGGUAUGUUGUGGUUACUGGCCAGGAGGGUGGUGGAGUUGAGGUCUACGAGAUCAGUGGGCAGAGAGGAGAUGUAUGGACGCUUGUUGCUGGGCUGAGAGACGGCGGGGCCUUGGAAAGUGGGAUUAAGCAUGCUGUUUGGUUGUAGACAGAAGUUACUUUAGGUCCCGAUUAUGGAGAGUAUAAGCUGCCAAUAGAUUUGUCUUGUCUCGUC